CCUAAUUGGCGAAAUCAAUUAGGUUUCGCCACGAACACUGAGGAUCUGGGGAAUUUGGGCCACCCCCGAAAGAUACAGCAACUGACGGUGAAGGAGCGGUUUAUUCUUGAGGGGCAAGGAGCAAAGAAAGCGCACAGAGAUACUAUAGCAAUUGCCCAAUUCGCAUUGGUCGCGGCUGUGCCGCUCAUCUCAACAGGAUGGGAAAGGGGGAGUCAUCGUCGAAGAAGGUCAUUGGUAGAGAAGAUUGGGAGAAGAGGCUGAGCGAUGUGAAGAUCAGGAAGGAGGACAUGAACAAGUUGGUCAUGAACUACCUUGUCACCGAGGGUUAUGUAGACGCUGCGGAGAAGUUUCAGCUCGAGUCCGGCGUAAAACCGGAGAUUGACCUGAGCACUAUCACGGACCGGAUGACUGUACGGAAGGCGGUUCAGAGUGGGAAUGUGGAGGAUGCCCUUGAAAAGGUCAACGAUCUGAAUCCCGAGAUACUGGACACCAAUCCCCAGCUCUUCUUCCACCUUCAACAACAGCGGCUGAUUGAGUUGAUACGGAGUGGAAAGGUGGAAGAAGCUCUAGAGUUUGCACAGGAAGAGCUUGCUCCACGGGGAGAGGAAAAUCACCAAUUUCUGGAGGAGCUUGAGCGGACAGUUGCGCUGCUAGCGUUUGAGGACACCGCAAACAGCCCAGUAUCGGACCUGCUAGACAUCAGUCAACGGCAAAAGACAGCCAGCGAGCUGAAUGCUGCGAUCCUGACGAGUCAGAGCCACGAGAAAGAUCCCCGGUUACCCAGCCUGCUCAAGAUGCUCGUGUGGGCACAGAAUCAGCUCGACGAGAAGGUCUCCUACCCAAGGAUAAACGACCUCGUUAAUGCUACGCUAGAGGACCCUGUAUAAUGAGAUUGUUGCAGAUACUAUCGGAAGGACGUCGAUUCUGUACAUAGAAAACUGGGGUUUGGAGCAUGUCGGAUAGACAUGUCGAGGGAUAAGGGCAACCAUUGCUUAAUCUAGUAUAUGUGCAGCUUUCCGGUCCAAAGGACUCGAAGUUCUUCUGACCUGACGUGUCAACCUAGAGGUUGGGCGCGCGCGUCAUCUAUAGUAAGUUGGUGGCUCACUUCCAGUAGGAUCGAGCUGCAGUACGUGGCCACCUUCAUAUAAUUGAUAUCACGUCUUGCAAACAUGCACUGGAGCCUCAGUCCCGUGC